AUGGCGGCUCCUCAGUCCGAUAACAUGCCUGGUAACCAGUCCGGUGUGUUGCCCGGUAACCAGCCCGGUGACAGACCCGCUAACCAGUCCGGUAACAUGCCCGGUAACCAGUCCGGUGUGUUGCCCGGUAACCAGCCCGGUGACAGACCCGCUAACCAGUCCGGUGUCUUGCCCGGUAACCAGUCCGCUAACAGACCCGGUAACCAGUCCGGUAACAGACCCGGUAAGCAGUCCGGUAACCAGUCCGGUCUGUUGCCCGGUAACCGGCCAGGUAAACUUCCCGGUAGAUGUUCCUUCUUCGUGGAGAAGAAGAACCGCUUCUGUAAGAUGAUCGUCGGAAAAGGGAAAACUUUCUGCGGAGAGCAUUCUACCGUGGAGGAAGGAAGCGGCAGCAGGAGGAUCGUCUGUCCACUCGACCCCAAACACACUGUGAGUGAAGACAAACUGGAGAAGCAUCUGAAGAAGUGUAACUCCAGAGAGAAACCCAAACCUGUUUAUUUUGUAGAAAACAUAAACGCUGGAUCAGCUGAUGGAGACGCGACGCUCCAACAGGUGUGUCUCUCUGAGCGCAGCAGGACACAGUUACAGUCUCUGGUGGACAAACUGAAGUCUGCAAUGACAGGACUGCAGUGUGACGUCGAGGACAGCAUCCUGUCUCACCCCGCCCUCCAACAGGAACUCAACAAUCCAAAGAACGGAGACUCCGCCCUCAAACACCUGAAGCAACAGUCCUCUCUCUUAGGUCACAUGGAGGCGCUGGGGCUGCUGGGACGCGGGCGGAGCUUCGUGGAGUUCGGAGCGGGUCGAGGAAAACUGUCUCACUGGAUCCACGAAGCCCUGAAGACCUGCGAGCAGCCGAAGACCUGCGACGACCUGCAGCUGCUGCUAGUGGAGCGCUGCAGCACUCGCUUCAAGGUUGACGGGAAACAUCAGGACCCUGGAGUCGAGUUCGUGAGGCUUCAGGUCGACAUUCAACAUCUGGAUCUAAGUAGAGUUCCUCAGCUCAGACAGAAGAAGCUGCCGCUGGUCGGAGUCGGGAAACAUUUGUGUGGAGCAGCGACAGAUCUCGCUCUGCGCUGCUUGUUAGAAACACCAGAACCCCGAGAGACUGAACCGCCCCCCAAACGCCUCAGACCCUCAGAACCAGCAGCAGGAGACCGUCCCAGUCCUGAUCCCAAUCCUGGUCCCGGUCCGGUUCAGGGUCCCGGUCCCGGUCCGGUUCAGGGUCCCGGUCCCGGUCGAGUUCAGGGUCUGGCGGUGGCUCUCUGCUGUCACCACCGCUGUGACUGGCAGCACUACGUAGGUCAGCAGUUCUUCCUGCAGCGAGGACUCGGAGCCGAGGAGUUCUCCGCUUUCUGUCGGAUGUCCAGCUGGGCCACAUGUGGACUCAGACCGACCAAUCCGGACCCUCGGUCUGAGGAUCCGACCGAAGAAGAGCACGAACCGGCCGAGGAGACGGACGCAGUGAACGGCUUCCUGUCGGCUGAUGAGCGGCAGCGUCUCGGACGUCUCUGCAAACGUCUCAUCGACUGCGGCAGAAUUCACUUCCUGCAGAGACACGGCUUCACCGGCAGCCUGACGCGUUACAUCACCAGUGACAUCACACUGGAGAACGUCCUGCUGACCGCCGUCCCCUCGUCUGUCCCCUCGUCUGUCCCCACAUCUGUCCCCUCCCUCUGA